AUGCGCUGGCUGGACGCUUUCAUCCUGGCCGCCUGUGCUAGCCGCACAGCUGCCCACGCGGAUCCGAACGAUCCUCAUCAUGCCCUGCCGAAGCUCGCCGGGGCUCGGAGGUUCCUGAACGAGUUCAACGGCCAAAGAAGAUGGCAGAACCGACCGCGCCCCCUGCAGGAAUCGGGUACGGAACAGGCGGCCGCCGAGGGACCUGUAGAGAAACGGGCGCAGCUUGAAGAAAGGCAGAACACCGAUGGGAACUGUGGUCCGGGCUAUGGCAGCUGCGCUACGGGAUACUGCUGCUCGCCUGAAGGCUGGUGCGGGACAACUGAGGACUACUGCACGUCACCAGACUGUCAGAUCAACUACGGCACUGGAUGUGAUGGGAACCAGAAACCCGCGGGGGUAGACACAUCUACCGUUGCAAGAACGAAACUCGGCAAGAUCGCCUACGGAGGCGUGGGCAUCUACGACUGCGUCAACACGGGCGAUAUCGCCAUCACUUUCGAUGAUGGUCCGUGGGACUACACCAACGACCUCCUCGACAAACUCGCUGACUACCAGGCGAAGGCUACGUUCUUCAUCACCGGAACCAACUUACACAAGGGGCAGAUUAAUGAUCCCAGUCUGCCCUGGGUUUCUGUCAUCCAGCGAAUGGCUGCUGAAGGCCAUCAAAUUGCCAGCCACACAUGGUCACAUGAGAAUUACAGCACCUUGACCACAGCCCAGUACAACAACCAGAUCAUCUGGAACGAGAUCGCGCUCAAUGACAUCCUCGGAUACUUCCCCACAUACAUGCGACCGCCGUAUUCCAUCUGUCCAACAGCCUGCGAGAACCAGCUGAAAACGCUUGGGUACCACGUAACCUACUUCGACCUAGACACCGAGGGCUACCUCAACGACGACCCGACGCUGAUCCAAAACAGCAAGGACAUCUGGGACGAGGCCGUCGACGGGUCCAACCCGUGCCAGGACAACUACCUGAACAUCGAGCACGACAUCCACUACCAGACCGUCUACAACCUGACCGACUACAUGCUCGCCUCGCUCUUCUCGCACGGCUACCGGUCCGUGACGGUAGGCCAGUGCCUCGGCGACCCGCCGGAGAACUGGUACCGGGCCGGCAGCAGCACGGUGCCCGCGUACAACUUCACCACCCGGGCCCCGACCGGCACAUGGGCCUGCCUGGCGUCAGCGACAGCCACCGGAGGCUCCACGGCCACGACAACCGGGGUCACGACGCCGACGUCCACUUCGGGGCUGCAGGUCAGCGCCGACGGCACAUGCGGCAGCGGCGUGACCUGUGAUGGAUCGGAAUAUGGCAACUGCUGCUCGGUCAACAGCUGGUGCGGCGCCUCCGUCGACUACUGCGGCUCGGGUUGCCAGCCAGCGUUCGGAAGCGGGUGUUCCUAA